UUCGACCAUCCGACAGAGUGACACGUAAAUGUCAAUGUUGUCAACGUUUUUGCAUGUGAAUCAAGUAUUUUUAUCAGUUUUUUCCAACGAAUUAAUGAAAAGAAAGGAAGAAAUAAGUUAAGAAUUGGUAAUUACCCGACUGAUUGCAAUGUCGGCCCUAUUUAAUUUCCAGAGUCUUCUAACAGUUAUUCUGCUUCUAAUUUGCACGUGUGCGUAUAUCCGUUCAAUAGUUCCUAGUUUGCUGGAUAGGAAUAAAGUUGGAUUCCUGGGGAUCUUCUGGAAGUGUGCCAGGAUUGGGGAGCGAAAGAGUCCUUAUGUUGCAUUAUGCUGUUUCUUCAUGGCUUUUAGUAUAUUGUUUUGGUCCUGAGAGGAUAUAGGAUAAUUCCAAAAGGAAGGAAACUAGAAUGAAUAUAAACUUAAGGAAUUUUAAAUCGACCAAAAAAAAAACAAUUGUCUUAGAUAAGACACGAUAAAAAAAAGGUAAAUUCAAAAUGUGAAAAAAAUGAUAUUUUUGUUUACGAAAAAAAAAUUAACAGAAAGAAAGGUAAAUACUAUAAUUUGUGAAGAAACGAAAACUUAAUGUUUAAUGAAAAUGUGAGAUUUACGUUCGUAUGACAAACAUUUUGUAUUUGUUCCUUUUUUCGACGGGAAUACAUAAAAAAUACACUUAUUUAAAGCUUAAAGUAGGUUUUCUAUGAAAACAAAAGAACUAGUUACACGAUAUACAUUAUUUGUCAACACGUUAAGAUAGCGAAGCUAUACUUAUAUAUAUAUUUAUUUAUAUUUAUAUAUAAUUGUCCAAUUUUGAGCACAUUCUGUUUAUUUUUCUCAGCUUAUUCUCACAAUAUAUUUAUAUAUUUUUCUAUAAACAA